UGCUUUUUUCACGCUUUUUCGUGCUUUUGAUUUCCUUUUUUCACCUCUUCAACGACGACCGCGACGAUGGCGACAUCAAGGCCCACAACUGCAUCACACACACACCCUGUCGACGGAUUCCAUGAUAUGACUUCGAAGGACUACUAUGCAGACUCUUACGCACAUUUUGGUAUACACGAGGAAAUGUUGAAAGACAGCGUUCGAACUGGGUCCUAUCGCUCUGCGAUCGUCAACAACGCCCAUCUAUUCAAAGGAAAAACCGUGCUAGAUGUCGGUUGUGGAACAGGUAUCCUAAGCAUGUUUGCUGCAAAAGCCGGUGCCUCUCACGUUGUCGGGAUCGACAUGUCAAAUAUUAUUGAUCAAGCUCAAAAAAUUAUCGAAGCCAACAACUUCAAAGAUACCAUCACGCUUGUCAAAGGGAAACUUGAAGAAGCUGACCUACCCAUAAAACAGUUUGACAUUAUCAUCUCCGAAUGGAUGGGAUACUUCCUGCUCUAUGAGUCUAUGCUUGACACCGUCCUUCUCGCGAGGGAUAAAUAUCUCAAACCCAAUGGUCAUAUCUUCCCCGACAGCGCUGCAAUGUAUAUCGCUGCCAUUGAAGAUCAGGAUUAUAAGGAAGAGAAGAUUAAUUUCUGGGACAAUGUCUACGGCUUUGACUUUUCCUGUAUAAAGGAUAUCGCCUUGCGUGAACCUUUGGUUGAUACUGUGGAUUUAAAAUCCGUCGUUACGGACCCAUGUAUGAUUAAGCAUAUCGACCUCACGACAGCUAGAAAAGAAGAUCUGAGUUUUGAGGCGCCUUUUACCCUCACAGCUACGCGGAACGAUUACGUUCACGCUUUCCUUGCUUGGUUCGACAUUUCCUUUGAAUGCACCCAUAAAAAAGUCAAAUUUUCGACCGGGCCGCAUGCCCAAUACACGCAUUGGAAGCAAACAGUGUUCUACACUCCUAGCACCAUCACUGUUUCAGAAGGCGAAUCUAUUACCGGUCGAUUAACGUGUGCACCCAACGAACGCAACAAUCGUGAUCUGGACAUCUCAAUAUCAUACAAGACCCCCCGCGAUCACGAAGCUACCAUGCAAUACAAAAUGUCGUGAUUGUGAAGAUGGAGAUUUUCUGCUGGUCUCCCGGUUUGGAUGUCCGCGCGUUCAUGAUUCAAGUCCUUUUUUGCUAUUACGUCCCUGAAUGAUUCACCAUCCGCUUUCGAACUUUACAUUGAUGACUUUACAGGUAUUAAUACCCCAUUGUCGGUUCGCAAAUUCACCUUGAAUGCGUUAUCGUGUCUCUCAAAAUGUAUUAUCAUAUAUCUACCACCUCUAGCCGCAUUCCUUAUUCGUGUAUCCGCUGUCAUAGUCGUAGCACAAUAGAUUCUGAUCUGGUUGAUAUAUCCUCACCAUGCGGGGAAAAGCGCAGACGAGAUUACUUUUUUUACAUAAGUA